AUGCCUUCAGAUAUCUUCAGCGGGUAUUCCGCGUAUUCCCUCUCCUCACAAUGGAUGAAGCUCGCCGAGAAAAACAAAAACCUCACAGUAGAGACCUACACCCACGCUCAGUCCUACUCGACCGACUACAAGAAUGGCGCUCAGAACAUCAAGGCCAAGAAAAGCUACGGGUACGACAUCCGGGGCCCCUCCGGCCGCGUCAAGGAGAAGAAGUCGGCCGGGUUCGACGGUACGCGCGCGGCGAAUGGGAAGAUCGAAGGCGAGGCCUGGAGGCACAAGACAGAUGGGUUCAGCGACGAGACGUUCAACAACGGGUUCAACGUGGGCAAGCGUCUUGAGAAUCCAUUUGGCAGUCCCCGGCGUAUUGAAAAUGCAUUUCCCUCUUCGCCUCUUCGGCCCCGCGCCCUGGACGAUGGUCCUCCUUCCCGCGCGCUUGAACGGGGGUCUGGUUCCCGGGCUCUCCAACGGGCCAAGCCUCUCUUGGACGACAACAGGAGCUUCCGCGAUGGGUUCCGCACCGCGCUGUUCGGUACCAACUACGCCAACGACGACAACUCUACCGUCUCGACGGCCACGACGUCGGGUUCGGAACCCGCGCGCCCGCUGGGAGUUGACCAGUUGAGGGAGGAGAGUCCGCCUGCGAGCUACGCGAAUUUCACGCCCUGGCGGGAGGAUAGCCUUCCGCCUUCGUCGGGGCCGAACAGGCCGUAUCCGAGCCGUGGGAUUGCGAAGAAUAGAAGUAGGUUGUCUACUAAGUCCAACUCGACUCUUGCGCCUAAGGACUCUGCGUCUCAGAGAUCGAGGUUUUCGUAA